AUGGCUCGAGGAGAAAAUGUCCAAAGGGCUCCCCAGCCGAAAAUGGGACGAUCUCAACGAGGGCGCAUUCAUGAGGGCCAUGGACUUUCUAAAUACGAAGUCACCCCUGCCACUGUUGGCGGAGCCGAGACUGUCGAGCAAGGGACUUAUGAGCGUGAUCCCGCGACCGGAAAAUUCAGAGAUGAAGAUAUAGCUCGGAUCCUCAGGGACGCGACAUACGAUGUCGCUGGAGCUUUUGGGGCCCAACACACGCCCGCUGUGCUCCGAUGGAUCGAUUGCCAAGGAAUGCGGACGGCCAGAGAUGUAUGGCGAGCUUGCACGUUGAAUGAGUUUAGGGAGUACCUGGGCUUAAAAGCGUUCGAGAGCUUUAAGGAGUGGAACUCAGACAAAACGAUUGCAAACACCAUGGAAGAUCUGGUUGGUCGCCAACGCUGA